AUGGCGCAUGCGGCAGGCGGCAGGAAUGCCGCGGGUGCCGCACCGCAGUACUACGACCCCAACGCCCCGCUCACCCGCCCUGUCACGACCAUUCAGGUCGAAACGUUUCUUCCACGUGAAGGGAUGACGCCGUCGCUCGUGCUCGCGGAUGGCAGCCACUACUUUGGUCCCGUCGUGGAGGACAGCAGGUGCCGCAUCCCGCACGGCUGCGGCAUCAUACUGUUCCAGUAUGAUGGAGCGGCGAAGCCCAACUUGACCGUUGCCGAAGCGGCGGCCGCUGCUAGUGACAGUAGCAGAGGUGGCGGACUCACUUCUUUCUUCUUUGGCCGAGGUGUGCCGCAAGACAGCGGCGCGAGUCAGGCGGCGGCAACCCUCACGGCUCUGUGCAAGCGCUAUCGGCAAGGAGACCGGUACGGCGGUGACUGGGUCAACGGCACGUUCCACGGUAAUGGUGUGCUGGUGACGAGCAGCUUCACCUACCACGGCACCUGGAUAGAGGGUGAGAUGCAGGGGAAGGGCACCAUCUCUUACACGCGCAAGUACGUCGACUACCGGCCCCGCAACACAAACGGCAGCGGCAGCGGGGUUGGGGAAGGGGUGAGUAACCUGUUGCUGAAGGGGCUCUCGUACGUUUCACCCUUCGAGCUGGUGGGGACCGCUGCGGCGCCAAAGGAAUAUAUUGGUGACUUCGACGCCAAGCACUACCGCCACGGCAUGGGGCUGAUGCGGUACUACAACGGCGAUGUCUACGAGGGGGAGUGGCGCGACAACUGCCGACAUGGCCGCGGAAAACUGCGCAAGGUAGACGGUGAGGUGUACGACGGUGACUGGGCCUUUGACCAGCGCCACGGCAACGGCAAGAUCAUGUACCCGAACGGGUCUCUCUUCAAGGGUUCCAUGGAGUACGAUCAGCGCAACGGUGAGGGCAUCAUGCGCUUCGCCAACGGUGACGAGUUCUUUGGCACCUUCAAGAAGGAUCGCAUCGACGGGCAUGGCACGAUGCGCUACCGCAACGGAGACGUCUACGAAGGCUCCUGGCGCGACCAGCUGCGCCACGGACAAGGCAAGUAUACCUUGAAGCGCACAGGGGCGACGAUGCACGGUGAGUUCCAGAGCGGGCUCAUCCACGGAGAAGGUACCGUGAUCGUGCCGGGUGUGUCGACCUUUGUUGGCACGUUUGUGCGCGGCGAGCGCACCGUCGGCACCAUGCACUGGCAUCAACAGUCGUCACAGCAGUCGCAAGCAGUGCUCGCCAACGAGGAUAUCACUGCAGCCGCGGCAGCAACUGCUGCGGCGACAUUGGAGAGCCCAGAGUCGUCCCUUGUGGACGCAACGUUGUCCCCAGGCCCCGCCGCGCCUCCUCUCCCUGGCAUCAGCAGCGCCAGCGCCACCGCAACGAUCGGUGCCGCCAUCGUGGCCGGCAAAGCAAGCACCACAAACUACCUCUGCUACCAGGGGCAGUGGCACGGCGAACACAUGCACGGCAGAGGACUCCUCUGGUACACGAAUGGCGACUUUUACGCUGGUAACUUUCACAAGAGUCGCCGUCACGGCGCCGGCAACAUGCGCUACGCCGCAGAGCAGGCUGAGUUCAGCGGGCAGUACGUCCACGGUAUACGGCAUGGGCUGGGGAUGCUGCAGCGCGCCAACAAGACCAUCCAGGCUGGGCGGUGGCAGCAAAACAUCUUCGUGGAGGGGUACGAGGGGGAGUGGGACGGGUCUGUCUUUCACGGUAUUGGACGGCUAACGAUGCCGGUGGACAUCUUCCUCGCCAUGCGCUCCAGCAGCUCCGCCCUGAAGCCGUCGGAGCUGAGCGCGAUGUGGAGUGACAGGUCUAACACACCUUUGACGAACGCGUCGUUCAUCGCUGGACAUGAAGAAGGCCGCUGCGCAGCCGGCGACGGGGCCCCACAGGGGGCAACAACCGACACAUCCUUGAACGGUAUCACGGCGAGUCGCACUGGCGUGUCCCCUCUCUUCAUCGAUUUCUUCGGCCUAUUCCGUAAUGGUCUACGGGAUGGGCUGGGCGUGCUCAAGCUGCCUGCCCUUAACGGCCUCGUCGGUGGCUCACUGAACCUUGCAGAAGAACGGAAGUCAGGCGGUGGUGGCGGCCAAGGCGAUAGCGGCGGCGGUGGAACUACCGCCCACGGCGCUGGAGGGGUGAAGGCAGAGAAAGGUCGGAGGGGCAGCGGUGGUGGUGGCGACGGCAAUGCCGCCGCUGGUGCGUCCCGCACUCGAUACAGCACCGUCAGCCUUGCCUCGAUGCCGUCCAUGCUCAUCAAGGGGCGCUGGGUCCGUGAUGUGCUGCACUGCGACAAAGGUGUAUGGGCCUUCCCCAACGGCGUCGUCUACAUUGGGCGCUUUCGCAAUGGCGCCCGCGACGCUACGCGCGCGUGCGUGUGGUGGCCGGAUGGGUCGGUGCUCGAGAGCGGGUGGUGUGGCGAUGCGCCGAGCGGGGCAGGCAUCUGGUAUCAGCGCAACCGCAUCACCCCGGUGUAUCAAACGAUUUCGCCGAGCCUGCUGCGUCGCUCGCGGUCGCUGCGGUUGCCAGAGAAGGAUUCUCCGUCGAGGAGUAUCGGUCACGCCACCGAUGGCGGCCAGGGCGCCAGUGACGCGGCUGAUGCGGACGGCAACGGCACGAGCAGCGCUCUGGCGCGUGAUGCUUUUGGCAUGUCGUACCUCCUAAGGCUUAUCGGGUCUGGUCUUGUCGGCCACGGCUCCAGCAACGCUGGUGACGGCAUCGGCGGCGACACGCACGAUGAAAGCGACAACGACCAGCCGCGACGGGUGCUCGUCGACUUUGGCAACCACUUCACGUUCUCCUGCUCCUGGUGCCCAUACACGAUGAAUUUAAGCACUUACGCGGCAGUGGUGCUGCCCCAGAUUGGGAGUCAGACGUCUCCGCUGCCGGGUGGCACGCCGUGGCCACAGCUGUACCACUCCCCAAGCAUGUCGGCCGCCGUGGGCGCGCCGCGACCGUGGGCGGCAGAGACUGCGAAAGGCGGGAGAGGCGCGCCACCACGCACCGCAGCCGCAUCGCCCACCACUGCCGUGGGCAGUAGCGGCGCUGGGUUGCAAGCCUCCGUACCGUGGCCCGUCCCUACGGCGAAAAAGAUGUCCAGCUGUGCCAACUCGCUUCAUCUGUCGGACGCACCGUCCAGCGUAGUGAUAGGCCGCGCCAGCGGCGCUGGGGUUGUUUACUUCGACUCUGGUGUCGUGCUUGCCGGGGAGUGGCUCGGCAACUUCCCUCGGCUGGCCACACCGUACCGCCCGUGGUCCGCCUUCGAUUACUUCAUCAUGUGGCAGACGACUCGGGCAGCUUCGCGCAACUGUGCCAGCACGCUGCCGCGCCUCGUUGCUCCGCGGCUGCAAUCGUGCUACACCUCUGUCUUGGUGGCUGCACCGGAAGACGUGAGUGGUGAACCGCGGCGCGUUGCUGGUGGGCGGCUGACUGUGGCGUCAUCGCCACUAGCGGUUAACCGCAUGGGCGACCCUGCAGAGCAUGCGCCGGCAUCCUUUACCCCACCGUCGCCGCCGCCCUCCCCCGAUGCGCGCUGCACGUUGUGUGGGAAGGACUACAGCUUCUUCCGCAAGCGCAUGCACUGCACCCUGUGCUUGCGCUCGACCUGCUCUUCCUGCCUGGGGCACAUGGACACAGAGGGGCCGGCACAGCAGGAGGACGUGAAGGCGCUACUGCGUCACGCCUACCUGACGGCGGAGCAGACGGUGCAGCUCUCGACCGCUGCAGCUGCGAGGACUGCCCUCACAAACGCCAGCGGUAGCGCUGCCCGGCCUAUCACCUUCCCAAGCUUCUCUGCAGAGCAGGUCGAUCACGCGUUCGACAAGAAGAGUAUCUCGACGGUGCCCGUCUGUGCAGACUGCGCGCGCGCGGUCCUGUGGAAGCUGCGGUAUACACAGCUAUGGAUACCGAUGUCGAUGUUCUCCUCCGUUGUCGAGGGCGACAAGCACCACCAGGAGACACGGCGCAACAGCGGCGUCAAGGCUGCCCAUCACGAUGCUCGCAAUGGCGAGAACAAAAACGGCGUCGCCGAUGGUGACGUCGACGACGGUGCCGCGGAAGCGGCCAACCCGCUUUCCACGGUCGCGCACAGUCAGGAGUCCUUUCGGCAGGUCUCGGCCGUUGGACAGUCCCUGCCCCUCUCUCCCGAGCGCUCCGCUGUUCCAGCCACGGCCUUCGACGACGUGGAGCAUCACCAACACAAUGGAAGGUUGCCGACUGGAAACGAUGCACUGCACAGCGCGGCUAGCGCAUACUCCUCCGAAGUCUCAGCUGUCGAUGAAGCAGCGCAUGACCUGCUGGCCGCCACCCAAGCAGGUUCGGCAGCUACUGAAGACAAGCCAUCUACUCCCCCUGCCGCGUCACCCUCAAGCGUUAACGACAGUGCAGUGACGGGUACAUCGCCUGCGCCGGCCCUCCCGCCCGCGUCGGCCUCCAGCCAGACGCCAAACCUCUCCGGCCACCCGGAGACGGCGCGGCGCAGCUGCAGCAAGAUCUUGCCACCGACGCAGUACAUUAUCUACAGCGGCUACACAUCACACACCAUCCCGCACGUCUACGGCGAGCUCUGGUGGGGACGUCAGUACUACUACCGCGGCGGCUUCUGCGCCGGGGAGCGACACGGGUUCGGUACGCAGUACAUGCCCAACGGCGAGUGGUACGAGGGCGGCUUUGAGCGAGACGAAUGGCACGGUGAGGGCGUCUACUACCUGGACGACGGUUCCGUGCUGCUCGGUGAGUUCCGAAAGGGCAAGCUGCACGCGGUGCACUACCGCGGUGAGGUGGAGGAGAGUGACACAUGUGGCAUCCGGCCGCACGGCCGCGGCAUCGGCUACAGCCCAGACGGCUCCGUCUAUAACGGCGAGUGGGUGCACGGCCAGCGUCACGGCACGGGAAUGCUGCACUUGGCCGACGGCAGCUCCGUGUACAGCGGCACGUUUGUGUCGGAUGCGAUGGAAGGGAUGGGCAAGCUCGUGACGACCAGUGGGGCCUACUACGGCGACUUCAGUCAGAACAAGCAGAAUGGCAAAGGGCUGCUCUUCACCGCCGACUGCGUGGUGGAAGGGUCGUGGGUGCAGGGCACCUCAUCCGGAUUCACGCGCAUCUACGAGCGUGUCACCGGGGAGGUGUACGAGACGACCUACAGCGACGGCAACGAGCGGGACGACUGUUUCACUGCUCCAGUGAUGAUAGACGACGACGCCGCUGCCGAGUGUGGGCAGUGUGGCACAGCCUUCUCCUUUUUCCUCCGCCGGCACCAUUGCCGCCUUUGCGGGGAUGUCUUCUGCGAUGCCUGCACGCAGCACCGCGCGUCGCUGCCAUCGACUGUCACAGGAGACGGUGUUCCAAGUGCGAAGAGCGACCCCGCCAGCUCCAGCGCGUCCGGGGUGAAUGGGCAGCAGCUGCGGGUGUGCGAUGCGUGUUUCUUCCGUCUCUCCCAGCGCCGCAUGAUCGCUCUGCGCCGCUACGCCGACGGCAGUGUGUACGCCGGCUGCUGGAGUCAGGGGCGCUGGGUAUCGCGUGGGCUCUACUGCCGGCCAGACGGCGUGUUCGUGGUGAUGGACACCUACGGGCACGCCCUCCUGCCACUGGCAGGCAUUGCGAAGGAGCCGCUCAAGGGUGGCGCAAGCGCGGACAUGAAAGAGCCGGAGAAGCCAAGCGCGGCGCAGCCUGCUUGCGGCCUCGGCGUUGUUCGCCGCCCGUCGCGCGCCACCGGUCUGCCUGUCUCGUCAUCCAUCCUUCAGGAUGCUGCGCCGGCGAAGGAGCUCCUGGACGGCGUCUCGGAGAGCUCCUCGCGUAAGGACCUCGACGCGUUCCUGCUCUGGUGGGCGACGACGCGCAGCCGCUGCGGCCUGCACGUUCCGCUGGACGUCUUGCUCGUGAUGCAAUAUCAGCGCAUGCCGACGCAGAUGCUGCGCGGCAAGGAGGCCACGGUGAAGGCUGGCUCGGAUGCAGCCGCGUAUUUGGCGGCGCCGGCACGCUGCGCCCUUGAGACACCCCACACUCCCUCUCUCAGGCCUAUCCGGCUGUUCAUCACACUGGCCGACUCGCGGCGUGAGAUGCAGGCCAUGGUGGAGGGAGAGGUGGAGCGAACCUCUGUCAGCGCAGCGCCGGCAGAAACAGCCGCUGCGCCUGCGCCAGAGUCACGCCUGUCGAUCGAAGAAAAACGCACUAUGGACAGUGACGUGGAGGCGGCAGCGUUGCGAGCGUCGAGGUUCAUGCCAGUUGCGAUACCUCGCGCUCCAGUGGUGCCAAUCACCGCCGCUACAAUACCCGUCACGAGCGUGGCGGAGCUGCCAGAGGUAACUACAGCAGCUCACCCCAGCAGCCUCCACCCCGCACACCAGGCGACGGGCGCAGAUCCUCUGCAUGCGUUCGGGUUCUCCGCCUGGGCGACGCGCCCGCCACCGUCGAUCGAGCCCGAGGACAUCAGCGAUGAGUCGCUCGUAGAGAUGAUGCAGGCGGAGCGACUUUCCUGGUCAGCGGCUGCGCCAGCGGCCAAAGCCUCCGCUGCGUCAACCGUUCCACCUCUCAUGCCACCUACACCGGCCCCUCCCGCACCUGGAUUGAACACCACGGUGCCCUGGGAUGUGUGGACGACGCGCGACGUACCCCGCUACGCCCCGCCGCCGCUGGCGACGGUAGCAGCAGAGGCCACACCAGCAGCCCAACCGCCGGAGGAGAACGCCUCAGGUGGUGGCGAGGCCGACGCGGCGCCUCUGCCGACUCUGCGCAGUGAAGCGGACAUGUACUUUGCGUGCCCGUUCUGGGGCCCGACCGUUCCAGAUGCACAGGUGCUGCUGGAACAGGGCAAGGUGACGCAGGCCACGGAACUGAUGUGCCGUCUGCAGCAACAGCACGACCAAGCCGUGAAUCCGCAGCAGCAGAAGCAAGGGGGCGACAGCGGCAGCAGUGAUGGCGAUGGCAACGGCAACACCGAGGGGAGCGGGGGCAGAGGCGCUACUGCAAGUGGCGGAGGAAAGACUCGACGAGGUAGUGCAGCAGACGACCCGCUGAGUAUGCUGCAGAGCAUGCAGGGCGGUGUCCCCAAUGCCAGCGUCUCCUCCUGGGAGGCGGGUCACCUCUUCUCCCCAGAGCAGCGAGCGCAGUGCGGCGACGGAUGGGCACCAGCGCCGUUGCGCGGCCCAUAUGUCUUCGACAUCUCUGCCCACGAAAAGCACAGAAGUGCGGAUGGGCAGCGUUGGUACGCAAAGGUGACGCAGCGAGAGGUGCUGAAGUUUUAG